CUAUUUUUUUACAAAAUGUUUCAAAAAUGGGUAUUCAUCCAAUUUCGUUUCCUGGAAUUGGACAAAUCGGCCAAAAACUCAUCCCCGGUAUACAUAAACCAAAUCCCACAUACAACACCCCUCUCUGAGCGCGCUCUCUCUCUCUCUCUCUCCUGAAUCCUUGACCUCACACAACAAUACACAAAUUCCUCUCAGAAAAUUAAACGAGAAUACGAUCACAAACCAGAACGAUUACAGGGCACAAGAAUCUGGUCGUUACGUUACGUACAUAGAUAUACUUGUAUUAUACCGUCCUACUGUGGAACUUUUGCAAAGGUAACGGAUUCUGUCACCGACGUAAAAGAAUGACGGAGGACAAUUGCGCUAGGGUUUCGUCAGCCGACGCCGAACAAUCAGCAACCAAGCAGAGGAAAAAGAGAAAGUGGGAUCAACCUGCGGAGUCCUUGGUUGUAGCUGGAGUGGCAGUACCUGGAAUUCUUCCGUUGGGGAACAUGGGAUCUCUUGCUGCAAUUACUCUCCCAGGAAUCACUUCGGCCUCUGGAGCUCUUUUGACUAAUACUCUUACAUCUAGCUCAGCCACCACUCCACCUUUAAUUCAGCCACAUGCCACCGCAGUGCUCCAAAAGAUGAAUCAAAAAAAAAUACAAGAUGAGUUGAUAGCUCGAGAAAUUGUCAUAAAUGAUGCUGAUUCUGCUGUUCGCUAUAUGCUCACAAAACGUCAGACCCAGGAAGAGAUCCAAAAGUGCACUGGUGCCAUAGUAAUAACAAGGGGAAAGUAUCAUCCUCCAAAUGCACCCCCUGAUGGUGAAAAACCACUCUACCUUCACAUUUCUGCUGGGGCACAUUUGGAGACAACCGUGGAACGCAUAAAAGCAGUUGAUCGUGCAGCUGCCAUGGUUGAAGAGCUGCUGAAACAGGGUUCUAUCAGCAAUGGUGGAAAGGCUACUAUUUUACUGAGCACGUCUGUGUAUUUGGGCUUUGAAGCGGACCCGUCCUUGAAUGUUGCUGCUCGUAUUCGCGGACCAAAUGACCAGUAUGUAAAUCACAUUGUGAAUGAAACAGGAGCAACUGUCUUACUAAGAGGACAUGGUUCAGGAAGUUCUGAAAGUGGAUUUGGCGAAGAAGGACAGCAACCAUUGCAUUUAUUCUUGUCAAGUAACAAUCCAAAAAGUCUUGAAAGUGCAAAGCUUUUGGCCGAAAAUCUUUUGGAUACAAUCAGCAUAGAGUUCGGGGCCUCCAGGAAGGCUUAUGGUGCUGUUCCUCCACCACAGCAGUUGUGGAAUGGUGUUCAGAGUGGGAUCGAGGUGAAAGUGAACAAUAGUUCAGCUGUCAGUUUGACAUCAUCCGCUGUGAACUCUGCAGCAAUUCCACCUAUUUCCUCAGCUACACACCCUGUCUACAAUACCACCCUUCUUCAGGGGACUAUGAGCAGUGGGCAUUUGCAACCGCACACAGUUUCAUAUCCCCAGCUGUCAUCAACUGCUGGAACAAGCUAUAGUGGAUAUGGUGGGAUAUAUCCCCAAGCCACACCUUUGCAGCAAGUUGCAUUGGCCCUCAGACAAUCACCUUCAACUGUCAAUCCCUUGGUUUCUCCUGCAAGCACAGCAGCAAAUUCUAUGGAGAGCUUACCAUCUGAGAAGGAGAAACGGGCUUCGCAGAGACGAAAGUUUCAGGAGUCACCAGCUGCUUUGAAGGGGCGAGCAAACCCCCAUCAGAACUCUUUACAAGGGUCAGAAUUUGCAAAGCCGGGUCAACCAACCUCAUACUUGGGGGGAAGAAAUCUUUCCACAAUGCCGGCUCCAAAAAAGUUGGUCCAACCGUCAAUCGAUGGAAUGCCUCCACCUCCUCCAAGGACCAUGCCACUGCCACCUCCACCAAAAUUUAAUUCAAUGCCUCCACCUCCUCCAAGGACCAUGCCACCACCGCCUCCACCAAAAUUUAAUUCAAUUGCACCUGCCUCCAAAGAAAUUUUGAAUACCUCAAAACCGGAAAGCCUCCCUGAUACUUUGAUCAAGCUGAUGGAAUAUGGGGAUGAAGAUGAUGAUCCAGAUGAAAUUGCUGAAGAACCAUCCAAAAGCAACUCAAAUGGUUUCUCGGUUACUCCAAAACCAUUUUGGGCUGUAUGAGCAACAAGUUGCAUCGCGAACUGGUUGUUUCUUGGCAGGAAGUGAACUCACUCAUGGACGUGUUUUUAUCUGUGUUCAAGAAGAAAAAAAGGUGCAUGCGAGGGUUUUGGAUGGCAAGACUUUAUUGACGAAAACUCAGAGGUUGCUUCUGACCUUUGGCACCUGCAGAAGUUUUGGGGAGAUCUGUGUUGUACUUUGGUUAUUGUUUAGAGUUACAAUGGUUGUACGCAUAUAGUUUACGUUAGAUCUUGCAAAUUAGGUAGUCACAGCAUUGAUGUUUUCUUUUCUGGAUUUCUACAUAACAUUCUGCUGAAUCCAAAUAAGGUUGCUUCUCA